AUGGCUAAUGCAAGCGAAUGGGAAAAGAAUGGCACUCACAACAUCAGUAACUCUGUUAAUGUCCCUGAACCCCCUCAAUAUAUACUAAUCAUUGCGAGUGUUCUCUACUCGGUUAUCUUUGCUGUUGGAUUCGCGUCAAACGUUUCUGUCGUGAUUGUUGUUGUAAUCGCUAGGCGGAUCCAGUCUAGAAUGAGUGCCCUCUUUGCUAACCUUAGUGUUGCUGAUCUGAUGGUACUCAUCGUGGGCAUACCCUCAGCUGCAGUUGAUCUAUUUGCAAAAGAAGUAUGGUACCUCGGGGAAUUCAUGUGUCGAUUUGUUCCAUUUGUAGAACAUCUUGUGUCCCUGGCGUCAGUGCUUACAAUUGUGGCCAUAACAUACGACCGGUAUCGCGGCAUAUGUUUUCCACUUUAUUCCACCUGUUUCUGGACCAAAUUAAAGGUGAAAUCCGUCAUCACUGGGCUAUGGGCAAUUGCAGUGACAGCAAGUAUCCCGAUAGCGUUCAUCGCCGUUUAUCGCAAUUCGAGGUUCAUCGAUGGGACUCUCAUUAAAGUAUGUAGAAUGCCAAUAAAUAUAUUAUGGAAGAAAGUUUACAUAGUGGGGCUAUUUUCGAUAUUUUUCAUCCUUAUGCUUCUUUUACUUCUCUUCCUUGUUGCUCGUAUGUGCAGAAAACUUAUUUGGCAUGUACAGUUUUUAGAAACACGAACUGGACAAGAUGCCGACAAAAUGGCUAACGGGAGACGCCGUGUGAUUGUCAUGCUAAUUCUCGUUAUAACGACUUUUUUCAUAUUUCUUUUGCCACAGAGGAUACUUGGGAUAUGGCUUAUUUUUGUCCCUCCAUCACAACUGUAUAAACUGGGAUUAGAGGGCUAUUUGAACUUGAUCACUUUUACACGUGUGAUGUUGUAUAUUAGUAGUGCAAUAAACCCAAUAAUAUACAAUGUGUUGUCAAAAAAGUUUCGAUGUGCUUUUCGAGAGAUGUUACCAUGUGGAUCCAAGUGUCAGAAAAACGACUCAAAAUCUCUUCCACUGAUGAAACUUAUGUCAAUAGUAAGCGUGCAAUUGCCUCCUUCUGCACUUAAGAGGCGACGAUCGGCGUCGGACAAAUAUAAUAGGAGAGCCGAUAUCGACGGCAUUAAGGAAGCACCACACAAUAACUUCAAGAUUGUUCCUCAAAAUUGGGGCAACCGGAAGUUGAGUGGAUUUGGUAGGGACACGAAGGCACUGGAUGACUACUAA